AUGCUAACAACUGCAGAAUCAUUCUAUAAAAUGAUUGUGCAAGAAAAAGCGCAAUGUGUCGUGAUGCUAUGCGCAUUCACUGAAACCACUGAAAAAAAUUGUCCACCGUACUUUCCACAAUCAUUCGGAGAGAAACCAAUGAAAUUUGGAUCUAUUACUAUUAAAUGCAUUAUUACGGAGAAAAUGAAAGAGGAAGCAGAUAUAACAAUUACGACAUUGGCAAUCACUGAAGUUGGUAAAGCGCAACUUAUAGUUAAACAUUAUCAUUGGAAAAAUUGGCCUGAAAGAGGCUUUUCGGAUCCGUCACUUACGGUUUUCAAUUUGAUAUGCGCAAUUCGAAAUUUCAAAAAACCAAUCGUUGUGCACUGUUCUGAUGGUAUUGGCCGAAGUUGUAUUUUUGUGGCCAUUGAAUACACACUGCAGAGAGUGCUGCAAGGUAGAAGCUGCGUUGAUCUGAUAGAAGUGGUGAAGGAAAUUCGAAAUCAACGUGCUAUGGCUAUAAGCACUCCUACGCAAUACAUUGUGCUUAAUCGUUUGUUACUUCAAUUCUUUCAUGAACUCAAUAUCGUUGACAUGUCACAACGUUUACUCGAAUUUAUUGAUGAUUACGAUGCAUAUGCAAGAAGACAUAAAGACGAGAAAUGA